CAAAAAUUUUUAAAUAAUCAUUUUAAAAUACUCUUCAAUUUGUUUAAAAUAUUAUACAAAAAAACAUGAGUAAUACACGAGAAGUUAUAACAUUUCAAUUUGGAAACUAUGCCAAUUAUAUUGGUGCACACUGGUGGAAUAUUCAAGAAUCUGGAUUCAAAUACGAUAUAUCUGAUGAACCUGCUUCCCAAAUCGACAAUGAUGUUCUAUUUAGGGAAGGACAAAAUUACAAGAGACAAACAACAUUCACACCGCGACUCCUCCUCGUCGAUCUAGAUGGUUCCUUAAAACAUCUCUCCGAGGAAGGAGAACUUUAUAAAGAGACAUCUAAUAUACCGAAAACAAAUCCAAUUGAUCAAUUGAAAGAAGAUUUAGAAUGGAAAGAUUCUGACAUUGAAGUUAUUGAAUCUGAACCUUUGCCAAAACAUGAAUUCCAAAUGGAUUUGGAUAAUCCAGAAGUCAAUAUCGAAGAGAAGGAUUACAAAUUAAGUGAAAGUGUAGAGACAUGGACAGAUUAUUUGUAUAGUCGUUAUCAUCCACGAACUAUAAAUAUAAUAAAAGAGUAUCAACAUUCUCCAACGAAUGAAUCAUUUGAUACUUUUUCGAAUGGAAGACGAUUGUGGAAUACCGAUCAAUUUUUAGAUGAUUUUUCAGACAAUAUUCGGCAGUAUAUUGAAGAGUGUGAUAAUUGCCAGGGAUUCCAAACAAUAUUCGACUGUCAUAAUGGAUAUUCGGGUCUAGCUACUCAGUGUUUAGAAUAUUUGAAUGAUGAAUACUCCAAGGCCAAUCUGGCUAUUCCUGUAUUUAAUCCUAAAAGUGUCCUUUUUCAAAGUGCAGAUGACGCAAUGACUGAUUCCAUCCGUUUAGUCAAUAUUGCUCUCACUUAUAGUCAGCUAAUUGAGCAAAGUUCAAUGUUCCUACCUCUUUCGACACAAAGCAGAGUGUGGAGGCAACUUGGAGAACCACGAGCAAUGCCAUUGCUCAACUAUGAAGCAGACAACUUAUACCAGACAUCUUCCAUUUUGGCAUCAUUCCUAGACACAAUAAGCUUAAGGUAUCGUUUGAAGGAUGCUCCCCUCUCAAGCAGUCUUGGAGCCUUUUGUAGUGAUCUCACCAACUAUGGACGCAAACUUAAUGCCGGUGCCAUGGCUUUACCAUUCCAAAUGGCUAACGAUGUCGAUCUCAUUGAUUGUUUGGACAAAUUUGAAGGAGAUCUCUUUACACAACUUUCACCAAAUUGUAAAAUUGGAACCAACUAUGUCGUCCAGUCAGUCUGUGUUAGAGGAAUUCCAAAAUCUCGUUUGAAACGGCCAAUGCAACAAGCACAACAACAAAUGAAAAUGGCAGCAUAUCGAUGUGAUUCCAUUUCACAAAUGUUCCAAUUGUAUUUGCAGUGCCAGAAUCAUUCGAGCAUGGCUCAUGUGUCAGCUCUCGAGGAACCAAUGACAACGGCAACACCAUUUCCUCGUGAAAUGUUCGAUACAUGUUUAGAUGGUAAAGGAUUUAUGUCGGCAGAUGAACAUUCGCCAGAAAAGAAAGUCAUGUCGGUCCCGACUAUUGCAUCGGUUCAAUGUUCAGGAGACAUUGCUGACACAUUGGAAACUUUACAUCGAGAAGCGAGUAGAGUAAAAAUAGCUAAGCUGCAUCGGUUUGUUGAUUCAGGAUUUGAAGUUGAUGAUUAUGGUGAAGCAUUGGAGAGCUUGUUGUUGUUCAAAGAUAACUAUGAAGAUAAUUAUGAACUGUAGAGCGAAUAAAUCUUAUUUAUGAGAAAUUUAUUGAUUUU